AUGGCGAUGUUCCGGAAAUUGCAUGUUCAUAGGCGUAAGGAAAGUAUGAUUCCGGAUACUUGUCCACUGCAUGGAGGUCAAAUGACCAUGUUCUGUGUCACAUGUGAUGUCACAUGCUGUCUGCUUUGUCUUGACGAGACACACCACGCCCACUCCGUAACAGAUAAAGACACGGCAAAGGAAAACAAAAUGGCAGCCGUCACAAGCAUGAUACAACGCAUCCAGGGGUCACUGGCGCCGGACAUAAAGAAGAAAAUGGAAGCUCUCCGGGAAGGGAGGCGGAAAAAUAAGAGGGAUUUCAAAGACCUCGUGAACAAGAUUCUCGAUCGUGGUGAUGAUCUCAGAUUAGAGAUAGAUGACAUAGUGAACGAAUAUGUCGAUGAAUGCGAGGCAAUGCGGAAACGGAACGACGAAAUUUUAACAGAGAUUAUCAAAUCUUAUGAGAAAAGCGAGAAGGACAUAAACGGCUACAUGUCUGUUUUUCUGGACGCUACUUCUUCCGGUCAACUAUCAAAACUGACAGAAGCAGUGAGAAUCUGCAAUGACAGUGUUGAGCAAGCGCUUCCGAAGCGACAGAAAACUAAACUGUUUCUACCAAAGUUUGUGAAAGGAGACAUUAGCAAUACAGAGUUAAGGAAAAACAUUGGAAAGCUUGAACUGCCAUCGAAAACGAAGCAGGAAAAUAGAUAUCAUUUAUUGUCCGAGUUUGUUCAUAAAACACCGUUUCAGUUGCGUUCACUGCGGGAAAAUGGAUUCAAUUCUAUAUGGAUCGGCUGCUGGGAUAAUAUUGUUCAUUUGACAGACGGGAGAGGGAAGGUGUUACGCUCUGUUACGUGUGGGGUAACGGUGAUGGACAUUUGUGUCGGGAGAGAUAAUCGAUUAUGGCUGGUUUGUGAAGACAGCAGUGUAAGGUGUGUCGUUGAAGGCGGCGUCACUUCCGGUACUGUGGACGCACCCGUUGUAACUGUGAAUGGGCGUAAUGCGGUAGUCCCUAGUGAUGAAGUUGCACGUGCAGUGUUCCACACAGAGUGGACACCGUACUCUGUCUGUAUGAAUACGGACAACCUGUUAUAUAUUACAAUGUCUAUGUGUACCAUCACCAACAGCCAUGUCGGACGGCUGGCGAGGUUCCGUACAAACGGCACCAUGGUGGACCAAACAGAGAAGGACUCUAAAGGACAGCAGUUAUUUGCGAAGCCUCAGAGAUUAGCUAUCAGCAAGAAAUCAGCACUACUGGCUGUAGUCGAUUUUACUCAGGACACAGUCGUCUUGAACAACGACUUGAGCUUCCGGUUUCGGUAUGUUGAUGACAAAAAUGGAUUUAGUCCAUGUGACGUCACAUUUGACCUCGAUGAAAAUAUUUUGAUAUGUGAUUCGAGUUCCAGAAGUGUUGUGAUGGUUGAUACAGCCGGAGUUCUGAAACGGCGCGUGCUUGAGUUUGAUGGAAUAACACCAAUUGUCCUGUCGUGUGAUGCGGCAGGUAAAGUGUGGGUCGGUCUAGAGGAUAAGAGAAUUUUGGUGUUCCAACAUCGGACCCCAGACUGA